UUUAGUCCGGUGCACAAGAUAAGCAUGGCGUCGACAGGAUGAAUCGGCCUAGAAACUGAACCAUAUUACUUUCUUCAGUGUUACUCUCACCUCAAAGGAGACAUGGAACACCCAGCUUGUUUUGGGGAGGGGAUGAAGCAGUUUGUCGUACUCGAUGCUCUGCCCACAGUGCAUUACAUCCCCGAUUUCAUAUCCGAGGAAGAGGAGGCCUCGCUUCUGCAGCAAGUCUACAAGUCUCCGAAGCCGAAGUGGACUCAGCUGUCAGGCCGCAGGCUGCAGAACUGGGGCGGGUUGCCGCAUCCCAAAGGAAUGCUGCCGGAGAAGAUUCCCGACUGGCUCCAGACGUACUGUGAGAAAAUCUCCUCUCUCGGUGCCUUCAGCGGGAAAACGGCCAAUCAUGUGUUGGUGAAUGAGUAUAAAGAAGGAGAAGGGAUUAUGCCUCAUGAAGACGGCCCUCUGUACCACCCCACCGUCACCACCAUCAGCCUGGGCUCCCACACCCUCCUCGACUUCUACCGGCCCGUCAGCAGCCUGGAGGGCGAGGAGCCGCAGACGGAGGAGAACCGGUACCUGUUCUCCCUGCUGGUGAAGCCGCGCAGCCUCCUGAUCCUGCAGGACGACAUGUACAAGCGUCUGCUUCACGGCAUCCAGGCGUGCGUCCAGGAUACGCUGACGGACAAGGUGGUGAACCUGUCGGGGACCGGUGCCCUGCCAGGGGAGACGCUGACACGAGGCACCAGAGUGUCACUGACUGUGAGACAUGUGCCCAAAGUCAUAAAGACAAAGCUUCUACUGGGAAGGAAAUGAUGAAAGACUGUGUGUGGACCUGAGAGGUGGUUAUAGUGGAAACAUUACAUCAAUGGACAUAUAAUCCAGGCUGCUCUCUGAGUUAUGUCACGCAUGUUUAUAUUUGAGCCCCUCUCGCUUUGUGAAAUAUCUCUGCCAAAUGUUUGGUGUUGUGAGAACUGGUGGCAGGUUUUGUUGAUCAAUCCGCUCCAUACAAUAAUACAUGUAUAUAGAUAUAUAGAUAUAUAAUAGAUAUAAUAUUAUUAUACUGGUUGUAAUUGGUGUAUGUUCUUGGAAAAUAGCUCAUCCAGUUCAUCUUAUAUUAUGAGCCGAUGUUUGCUUUGCACAGAUGCUGUGUUUGCAGUGCAGAAAGGACAAAGAUAUGAUUGAGGUCCAUUUAGAAACAGUGUCAUAUGUAGUUUGCCCACCAGAUAGCGCUGACAGGUUUAUUCUUACACAGUGAAACGUGUCUGGUCAGUACAUAUCAUCAUCAUCAUCAUCAUCAUCAUCAUCAUCACUGGCUCAGGAGACAGAUUUGUCAAGUUUGAGAAAGUAAGAAACACAAGUUGCACUUUGGGAAAUGUAGGAUCCAGUAUUUUUUUAAACUUGACCCAUAUCAGGGACUAGAAGUCAGGACAUCUCCGCCUCUGUUGAUCAUUCUUUCUUUAAAUCUGUCUCAUUAGUUUUGUGCUCUCCCCACCAACUCAACUACUAUGUGCAGUUAAAUCACAUUUAUCAAGAAAUCAAUUUUCUUUUCCUAAUCUAUAUUUGCCUUGAACUUUCCAUAUCAGUUGGGUUUUACUAUAAAGAUCUACUUUGUACAGUAAAUGUUCGUGUCCCUUUGUGUGUUUGUUUUAUGUUCAUGCAUCAAAUGCAACCCGGCUGUUUCAUGUGACACAGAAAAGUCCUGCAGACGACUAGAACAUGUAUCAGAUAGCAGAGGUACAUUGUGUCACUUAUUAAACAGUUUCUUUAAGAUCACUUUUA